GAAACUAUGCAAAACCAGAGUUUUAUAACCGAAUUUGUCUUCCUGGGACUUUCCCAGAAUCCAAAUAUUCAAAAACUAAUAUUUAUCAUAUGCUUACUUGUCUACAUUGCAACUAUUGGGGGCAACAUGAUGAUUGUGGUGACUGUUGUCUCUAGCCCUACACUGCUGGGCUCUCCCAUGUAUUUCUUCCUGGCUUUCCUGUCUUUACUGGAUGCAAGUUUCUCCUCUGCCAUGACACCCAAGAUGAUUGUAGAUUCUCUCUAUGAGAGAAAAACCAUCUCCUUUGAAGGAUGCAUGAUACAACUUUUUGCUGAACACUUCUUUGGUGGGGCUGAGGUGAUUGUCUUAUCCGCCAUGGCCUAUGACCGCUAUGUUGCUAUUUGCAAACCCUUACACUACUCUUCCAUCAUGACCCUGAGGCUCUGUGGUACUCUAGUGGGAGUGGCCUGGGCAGGAGGAUUCUUACACUCUAUCAUCCAAAUUAUCUUCACUUUGCAGCUGCCUUUCUGUGGACCCAAUGUCAUUGAUCACUUUAUAUGUGACUUGUACCCAUUGCUGGAACUUGCUUGCACUGACACUCACAUCUUUGGCCUUUUGGUGGUUGCCAAUAGUGGGUUUAUCUGCAUCAUAAUCUUCUCCUUGUUGCUUGUCUCUUAUGGUUUUAUCUUGCUAUCUCUGAGAUCUCACAGUUCUGAAGGACGAUGGAAAGCUCUGUCUACUUGUGGGUCCCAUAUUGCUGUUGUGAUCUUGUUCUUUGUCCCAUGUAUAUUUACAUAUGCAAGGCCUCCCACUGCCUUCUCCUUUGACAAAAUGGUAGCAAUAUUUUACACCAUGCUAUCCCCUUUGCUUAAUCCUAUGAUUUAUACUUUUAGGAAUAAGGACAUGAAAAAUGCCAUAAGAAAAGUGUGGAAGAGGUUGAUAAUAAAUUCAGAUAAAAAAUAA